AUGUCUCCGAGCGAACCCACGAAAGUAUUGAGUAGUCCGAACGCAAAGGCGAAACUGAAAGAGAAAGAGCGGGAGAAGAAAGCCAAGUCCGCGAGCAAGCCACAGACAGACCGACUCAAGAUCGUGGUCCGGAGACUCCCUCCAAACCUUCCGGAGGACAUCUUUUGGCAAAGUGUACAGCAAUGGGUCACCGACGAGACAGCGACAUGGAAGGCGUACUACCAGGGCAAGUUUAGAAAGCGAUUGAACAAGGAAAACAUUCCGUCUCGGGCAUAUAUCGCGUUCAAGGAUGAAGAGAUGUUGGCCAUCUUCAGUCGAGAAUAUGAUGGACACUUAUUCAGAGACAAGGCUGGCAACGAGUCAAUGGCGGUUGUUGAGUUCGCGCCAUUCCAAAAGAUUCCCGCAGAGAAGAAGAAGACAGACAGCCGUCAGGGGACAAUCGAGAAAGACGAGGAUUAUAUCUCGGCCCUGGAAUCGCUGAAGGAGGGACCCAAGCCUGUUGAGGCAGAGAAUUAUGAUGCAUUGGUCGCGGCGUCACAGCCUCCACCCCCACCCACGACCACUCCCCUCCUCGAGGCACUCAAGGCGGAGAAAUCGGCGCAGAAAGAUAAGGAAGCCAUCCUUCGCAAUCACGCGCACUACAAAAAUGUGAAUGUCAUUGCGGGCCCGAGCGCCCCUGCACCCACCAAGGAGUCGAAAAAGACGGGCGGUGCGGCAGCGGCAGCUGCCGCUCAGAAACCCGCAGAGCAGCCACCACAGGUGAGCAAGAAGGCCGCAAAGAAGGCAGCGGCAGCAGCCAAGGCUGCUCAACAGCAGCAGAAUCAGCAGCCCCCGCCGUCCGCCCCGUCGGCCUCGACAAAGGCGCCCGCGAAGCAGGCACAAGCACAGCCUGCACCCAAGGCGCCCCGUCCUCCACGCGAACGGCACGCAAAGGCGUCCACGUCCACAGCUCCCGCCGCGCCUGUCUCAGUGCUCACAGCUCCACCCGCGCCCUCCGCUGGCCGCCCGACCACUCCGGCUUCCAGUACACAUACAGACGCUGGAGCGCCCGCUCAGGCCGAAGCCGCCCCGACGCGCAGACGGCCUGUGCUUGGGCUCGCAUCGCGCACGUUCGAGGCGGCGCUUAGCGAGGCGGGCGUCGAGCGACGCGCACGCAGGGAGCGUCAGGCUGUUGGUGAUGCUGCGCCUGCGUUCGCCGCCUUCGCUCCAGAUGCCACGGCGAAAGGCAAGGCGCGCGAGGAGAAGGCAAAAGAGAAGCGCGCUGCGGCCGCACCGGCACAGCAGCGUGCACCGAAGAUCUUGCAGCGGGAGCAGGCGUCUGCGGUGCCAAAGGUAUUGCCGAGGGAGGCUGGUGCGGGGCAAGGGGAUGCAGCUCUGGGACAAGCAUCGGCGCAGGAGGAUGGGGCGAGCCGGAGGUCUAGGGGCCGGGGUCGGUCGGGCAGGGGCGGGAUGCGUGGUGGAGGCUGA